AAUACGCUACGAAUCAGUGGUGAUGAUGAUGAGGCGUGCAGAUGUCGUAAAGCUCGUACCUCAAACAACACGUCUUGAGCAUCACAUUACCUCCGGCUCUGCCGGGGCAGGAUUCUUUUCGUAAAUAUACAAGUAGUCCAACGACCUCUUCUAUUAUGUUAAGCAGAUGAUAUUCAGACUUGUGCAAACUUUUAAGUCUAUAUGAGUGGCUUUUUGUUCGAUGGGAAUGUGUGUCGCAACUCGAAUUGUCCCUAACAAACCGGUCCUUUGAGGGCCCGUAAAUACAUACAGAAUCAAUGGUGAUGAUGAGGAGUGCAGAUGUCGUAAAGCUCAUACCUCAAACAGCACGUCUUGAGCAUCACAUUACCUCCGGCUCUGCCGGGGCAGGAUUCUUCCAGGGCCCGGACGGCGGUCCAGUAGCAGCUCUUGCAAGUGUCGGAAUCGCCGUCGCAGUCGAAAUGGAUGUAGAUUUUGGGACCGAAGAUCAAGUCCGCGUUACCGUGGUGGCAACCGAUGCUGGUGCCAUUGUCGAAGAAAUAUCCACCGUAGUAGAAAAGCAAGUUGCUCUGAGCUUUCUCCGGUCUCGGCAGCUUCAGCAUCUGGUGGUUGCACAGCCCGGGCUUGCCCCUUGCUGCUUGACAUACUACAUCGUGAAUGGAGCUUGUUACACCACAACAAGACAUUACCAGAAGCACCACUAAGAAAAAUGUCACGGCCGACCCUUUCAUCACUAGUUACUCUUCAAUCUCUUCUUCAGCUUGUUCUUGCAGGGGAGGUGUUUGAUGAAAGGUCUGAAUGAGAAUUGCGUAUCGUGUGUGAUUUGUAUGUGUGGAAUUGACCGUUGGGCCUUUUUCUUUUUUUCUGCCGGCGCGGCGCUGAAAUCCCAUGAGAUUCGAAAUUGUCAGAAAAUAUGCGGUGGAGAGUUUUGGCCGGCCAGAGUUCUUUCAGUCGUCCCAUUCCCAUACUCCAUGCUACUGGAUUUUUUCAGAAAUAGCACAUUUUAAAAAAAAUUUACAAAAAUAGCAUCCAGCCGAAAAAAAUUACACUAAUAGCACCAUUUUUUAUGGACCGCACCUUAGAGGUGCGUUUUAUAUAUAAAUUGCACCCUCAGAGUGCGUUUUAUAUUAAACCGCACCUCUAAAGUGCGGUUUAUAAUUCUGGACCAAAACCGCAUCUUGGUCAAGCGGUUUCAGGUCUGACCUACAGAAACCGCGUGGCCAAGGUGCGGUUUUGACCUGACCUAGCAAAACCGCACUUUGGAGAUGCGGUUUUGGUCAAUUAAUUUCCGACAUGCAUGCAGAAUAAUAGACGUGGGUCUGC